CUCCUCACUCGCUCGAACCCUAGUCUAUGGCGUCGGCGACUCCGGCAGGCGGCGGCGAGGGCGUCCACGGCGGCGGUGAGAUGCCGUUCUGGCCUCCUAGCGGAACGGCUGGCGUCGACGGCGAUGGCGGCGACGACUCCAGCUCCGCGUACUCGACCGACGACGAGGAGGAGUCGAUGUUACUCAGCAUGGAGCAGCGGUUGCGGUUGGCGCAGCAGUGGGUGGCGAACCCUAGCAGCAGCCAUCAGUUGACGCAUGGACUUGGCGGCGUGCUUUUGGAUGAAGACAUUUGGCAAGUAAGGAUCCAUUUUGAUGCAAGAGAACCAUUGGAGAUGAAGCUGUGUGGUUCAGAUAUUACUUAUCUGAAUUUGGUUGCAGUGAUGGAAACCCAAGGAUUUAAUGCAUAUGAUUGGUUGUAUCACAUUGUAAAUCCAUCUUUAGGAGAGAAAGGGCUGGAUUUGGUAGACAGUCAUGCAGAAUUACAGAAGAUAAAGAGGAAGAUCCAGGACAAAUUGGUGCUUGAUUUGCUAGUCAGGGCUUGUCCACCCCCUGAUACUGAUUUUGAGUUGCAGCAAUGUGAAAUGCCAGAGUUGUCCACUGUGGUGUACCAAGAGCCUCAAGGAGUAGUUUUUGAGAGUCAAUGUAGCAACUCUAGCACACCUCAUCCUGCUGGUGUUUGCACACAAGAAAGCAAGAAUGCAACAGCCAAGUUGAAAGCAGUUUUGGAAGAAGAAGAAGAGGGAUAUCAAGGAUUUGAGGCAUAUGAGGACAGUGAUGCUAAUGCCUCUGAUGAGGAUGCUCAAAUUGGAAAUGACCAUCAUUACAUGGGUGAUGAUGAAGAUGUAGAGGUGGAAGAGGGAAAGAGACAGAGAGAGCUAGAAGUACAAGAGGAAGAAUCAGAUGAUGAGCAAUCAGAAGAGGAAGAAAUGCUGCAUUAUGAGGGUGACACUGAAGUUGAGGACCCAUUUGAGGUAGAGGAAGAUAGGACUUUUGAAGAAGAAGAAGAAGAAGAAACUAUAGUUGAAUCUGUGAAGAAGAAGCAGAAGCUACCAGUUAGAAGAGGACCAACAACUAGGUCACAUUGUAGUAAGCUACCAGAGGUUGAACCUGAUUUCAGACCAUCAUCAGAUGAAGAAGAGAAGGGGUUGUUGAGGGAGAGUGAUGAUGAUGGUUUUGAGCCAGUCUCUUUUGUCCUACCAAAGAAAAGGAAGAGUAGGGCAAAGAAAAGGCCUGCUAGAAAGUGGUGCAAUGAGAAAAUGGAGCAACCACAUGAGCAACUGUGUAUGAAGUUGUGUUUUAGGGAUCAGCAUCAAUUCAGAGAUGCUUUGUUGAAUUUGCACAUCACUCAGGCCAGGAAUUUGAAGUAUCACAGGAAUUCAGAUCAGAGGAUAAUUGUUGAGUGUCCAGAUAAACAAUGCCAGUUCUUUAUGGUGGCAGCAGUUAUAAAAGGGGAGAAAACCUUUGUAAUUAAGAAGAUGAGACUAGAGCACACUUACCCUAGUACCACUGAGACCACCAGGGUUAGUGCUAAGUGGCUAGCACAGAAAUAUGAGCAUCUCUUCAGAUCUGAUAUAACUACUGGUAUUCAGACAAUAAUUGAUGCAUGCAUGGAAAAAUAUGGUGUAGAUGUGCCCAAGUGCAUGGCAUAUAGGGCAAAGAACAUAGCUAUUGAAGCUGUCUUAGGAGAUCACAAGAAGCAAUAUCCUAGGCUUAAAGACUAUGCUCAGACUGUCAUGGACACAAACCCUGGGAGUAGAGUAAUAGUCACUACUGUUACUCCAGUACCAAAUGCAAAAAUACCCCACCCAGGCCCAAGAUUCCAUGCCAUGUUCUUUUGCCUGAAUGGAGCAAGGGAGGGGUUUCUCAAUGGGUGUAGGCCAUUCAUUGGUGUUGAUGGAUGCUUCAUUAAGCUCACUACAGGAGCUCAACUCCUUGUUGCCACUGGUAGAGAUGGCAACAACAACAUAUAUCCACUGGCAUUUGGCAUAGUUGGACAAGAGGACACACCUAGUUGGUGUUGGUUUAUACACCAACUGAAAAUUUGCCUAGGUGGAGAAGUGGGCAAGUUUGGACCUUAUACUAUAAUGUCAGAUAGACAAAAGGUAUGUGUUUGCACAUUUCAUUUUGUUUUGCACAAGUGUUAACAGUAGCUAAGAGUUUCAUUGGUGCAUAUUUAUUUACCUUGUAGCUUAGACUUGUUAAAUUGUUUGUGUCAGGGGUUAUUGAAUGCAGUGAAUGCUGUCUUUCCAAAUUGCAACCAAAGAUUCUGCCUUAGGCAUUUAUAUGCAAAAUUCCAAAAUGCUGGGUUUAGGGGUGAAGAUCUUAAGAAGUGCAUGGAUAAUGCUAGCUAUGCCUACAAUGAACACAAAUUUAAUAUUGCAAUGAAUGGUCUUAGAGCUGAAAGUGAGGAAGCUUGGGAGUGGCUUACUGCAAUACCAAAAAAAACAUGGGCAAGGCAUGCAUUUGACACAAACUGCAAGACUGACUUGGUAGUGAACAACUUGUCUGAGGUGUUCAACAAGUACAUUCUAGAUGUUAGGAGAAAACCUAUAAGGACAAUGUGUGAUGGGAUAAAAGAUAAGCAGAUGGUGAGGUGGCAUAGGAACAGAGAGAGUGUAAAGGCAGCAAGAUGGGAUGUAACACCUCAUUACAGUGAGAAGCUAGAGGUUGAGAAGGAGAGGGCCAGAUAUUGCAAGCCAAUACAGGCAGGGGUCAACUUAUGGCAAGUUACAAGUGGGCAGCAAACACAUGCUGUCAACCUGGAACUUGAGACUUGUGGAUGCAGGAAGUGGGACCUUAGUGGCAUACCUUGCAACCAUGCCAUCUCUGCAAUA